AUGGCCAAGUUCGACCCGAACGGAUGGUACGCCAUCUCGGAGACGCGGGUAGACAAGACCAACAAGGACCUCAAGAGCUCCCUCCAGCUCAUGACGGAGGGGAUGCGCGUGCACCCGAUAGCCGACGACCUGAACUGGCAGCUCCACCCGGUGGACGACAAGAAGCCCGGGCGGUACGUGCUGCGCAGCUUCAAGGCGGGGGUGCAGAAACACCUGGCCGCCUGCCGCGUGCCGGCAGAAAAGGACUCGAGCCGGACCCGCGCCUGCCUGGAGCCGGCCUCGUCCGACGAGUCGCAGCAGUGGGACAUAUCCGAUUGGGGCGACGGCACCUACAAGAUCCAGUCCGUCGCCAACGGCACCAGGUACUGGCUGGACGUCCACCCGGGGUCCGACGUCCACCUGUCCAGCGUCGAGGAGACGCCCGACAACAAGCGCGAGGCACAGCACUGGGUUUUUUCGAGCAGGUUCCCCGUCAACGACGACAGGUAUUCGACUUUGUAUUCUGAGCAACAGUCAACGAUUGCCCCAGCCUCAACAACAACAGCUAGCAGCAGCUUCACAAGGACGACACCGACUCUGGCCCCAACAGCCACGGACGGUACCGCCGCCGGCGCCACGGAUGGCGGACGAGGGUCAAGUCCAGCGUCGGAGCAGGCCGGCGGUGGCGGCGGCGAAGGAGGGCUCUCGACGGCCGCCGCGGCCGGAGUCGGCGUGGGCGUCACCCUGGCGGUCCUCGCGGCCAUCAUCACGCUUUUGAUCUUUUGGUGGAGGCGGCGGCAGGCCGCUGCCGCCAGUGGCCACGCUGGGUCCAACGGCGAGAAGGAGACGCUCAACUAUUCGGGGUCGCCGCAGCCGCCUUACAGCGGCGUCGCACCCAGCACGGCAGGGGCUGGCGCACAGGGCUACUACAGCGGCAAGGAUGCGCAUCCGGACGCGGCUGGGGGCUGGCAGCAGCAGCAGCAGCAGCAGCAGCACAACGCCGUGGCGUCGCCAGACUCCGGAGCCUACUACUACCACGACCAGGCAAAGUCGCCCCAGACGCACGUCAACACCUCCCCGGUCACGUACGCUUCCAACUUGUACGAGACCUCGGCUGCCCCUAUGGUUGUCCACGAGGCGCCAGGACCGAACAUGCCCGUCGAAAUGGACGGCACCGGGAGGCAGCCUAUGGGUUACCGGCCAUGA